AUGGGAACAUUCACAGCGACAUUCAAGACUCAAGGAAAAUCUGUACGAGCAGCAAUAUUCGUAGUAAAAGGGCCACAAGCAUCAUUGCUGAGUUACCAAACAGCCUCGGAGCUCAACCUCAUCAACAUCGUACAGUCGGUGGGCCGGGAAACAUCAGUAGAUGCCAGAAGAGAGUUUCCGAAGUUGUUAGAAGGACUUGGAAAACUAAAGAAUGUUCAAGCUAACUUGGCAAUAUCAAGCAACGUCAAGCCAGUCGCACAACGACAUCGCCGAAUUCCUUUCAGAAUGAGGAAAGCAUUGGAGGCCGAGCUGACUCGCUUAGAAGACAUGGACAUCAUUGAGCGCGUCACAGGGCCUACCCUUUGGGUCUCACCGGUUGUUGUGGUUCCCAAACCACACACAGAAGGAGCGCUAAGAAUGUGUAUUGAUAUGCGAGAAGCUAACCGGGCUAUCGCUCGAGAGAGGCACGUGAUGCCCACGGUUGAAGACAUUAUCAAUGCACUGAAUGGCGCAGCAUAUUUCUCCAAGUUGGACCUGAAUGAAGGAUAUCAUCAGCUAGAACUAGAGGAGUCGUCACGGAGAAUAACUACUUUCUCUACCCACUGCGGUCUAAGAAGGUACAAAAGGCUGUUGUUUGGAAUCAAUGCGGCAGCUGAGAUAUUCCAGGACGCCAUCAGCCAAGUUCUACCCGACGAAGACGGAAUCAUCAACAUCAGUGAUGAUAUUCUGGUAUCCGGUCGAUCUAUAGAAGAGCAUGAUCGAAGAUUGCGUUUGGUCCUAAAGAACCUUGAAGAAGCAGGGCUCACACUAAACUUGAAAAAAUGUGUGUUGGGCUCCCGGAGUGUGAAAUUCUUCGGCCAUGUCUUUUCUGCCCAGGGAGUCACCAUUCACCCAGGAAAAGUGAGAGCAGUGGCAGAAAUGACUUCUCCAAGAAAUGCAGCCGAAGUAAAGAGCUUGCUUGGGAUGGUGAACUAUUGCAGUCGGUUCAUUCCCCGGUUAGCAGAAAUUGUGGAGCCCCUGAGGAGACUCACACACACGGAUGUUGAGUUCUCAUGGAAUCAAGAGCAAGAAGAUGCCCUCGAAAGGCUCCGAAAAGAGAUGUCUCACGCUCCGACACUGGCGUACUUCGAUGACAGAAAGAAUACGUACGUCAUCACAGACGCUGGACCAGAGGGAGUUGCUGGAAUUCUAGUCCAGGAAAUCAGGGACAAAAAGGAUCACAGCAUCUUGGCAUACCACAGCAGACCGCUGACGCCAACGGAAAAGAGGUAUCCGCAAAUCGACAAAGAAAUGCUGGCCAUAGUGUCGAUGGUCGAACGUUUUCGUGUCUAUUUAGCGGGGGGAAGAUUCACCGUCAAAACCGACCAUCUACCUCUGGUGUCAAUACUCAAGAAUCCAAGCGCCAAGCUAUCAGCAAGGCUAGAACGCCUUAGCCUCAGGCUGCAACAUUACGUCUUUGACGUGGAACAUAUCCCAGGUAAAACGAACCCGGCGGAUUAUUUGUCCAGACAUCCACCUUCAACGAAAGAAGGAAGUCCCACGAAAGAAGCCGUUGCCGCCGAAGAAUAUGUGUUGUUCUUAGUUAGGUGUGCUACGCCGAAGGCUAUGACGCUGCAAGACGUUCAAAAGGCUUACAAAGAUGAUGAACAAAUGGACUUACUGACUGCAGUCCUCCGAAGACGUGACAAGAAGUUUUGCAGACAUCUAUGGAAGUACGGAAAGUUAAAGCCUUUCAACCAGAUAAAAGGAGAACUAACAGUAACGGAGAGCAACUUGGUCUUGCGAGGACCACGCUUGGUAAUUCCCGAAAAGGCGCAGAUGGAGCUUGUGCAGUUAGCCCAUCGGGGACACCAGGGUAUGGUGAAGACGAAGCAGCUAAUUAGAGAGAAGGUAUGGUUUCCUGGGAUCGAUAAGAUGGUGGAAGCUGUGGUCAGAAACUGUGAGGCAUGUCAACGGACAGUAGAGGAGAAUAAGAACCUGCCGUUAGUAAUGACACAGCUUCCCGACGGACCGUGGCUAUCACUCGCAGCAUACUUUGCUGGUCCACUACCUGGCAACAAGUACCUGCUUGUCGUCGUAGAUGAAUACUCACGGUUCCCCGUGGUUGCGACGUUAUCAUCUCUGAACGGAGGAACGGUGACCACCAAGUUGAACGACAUGUUCACCGUACAUGGCAUCCCUGAAGUGUGA